AUUGCAUUAUUUACAUCCGCCAUCUUGGGUAGGGUCAGGGGUCGACAGCUUCUGGGGCGAAGCGGGUGGAGAAACACGAAUAAGACGGCAAAAAGUCUCAAGAGAACUUUAACAACCGUUCAAUAAGACAGCAGAACAGACCAGGAACCCCAAAUGCUACUUUUACAAUGAUGUAAACGCCGACAAGCAUGAUAUUCAAGCCUAUAUCGCUGUGGUUGACGUGUCACUGAUCUGUCAAAGUUGUCUGACGUAACAAAAUUUAGUUUUGUCGAGAGCAAGUGGAAGAGCCACACCAAAACGGCGAGAUGUGGCUGAAACUUUGUCUCCUGUUAAUCUACAUCGUCGUGCUGUUCAUCUUGGCUCGCAUGUUGGAAGCAAUCAGCUGGUAUGAGACCGGAUCACUAUCAAAGCGGUUGUUGGACCCCAUGACUUUGUCAGUGAUGAAGCUAAAGGCGUUGUUGGAACAGCGCGGUGUCGGCUUUGAAGGGGUUGUUCUUGAGAAAUCCGACCUCACGGAGCUCGUUGAGGGGUCAGGUCCAGUAACAGACGAGGAGGUGGUGAGCGCUGCUCGUGAGGAGGACUCGUCCUCUGUCACCAACUUCACAUCUGGAGCUCAUUUCUUCGAGCAGGUGGAGGAUGCCAAGGACAGUGUUUGGUUGAUCCAGGUUCACAAUCAGCAUGGAACGCCAGUCCUGCUCGGAGAUUCACGCUGGAAGAGCAUCAGAAAAAAGGUGUCGCGAUUCGGAGUCCGCGCUGGAAUACUUGACUGCUCACUUGACAUAAGAUACUGUCAAAGCAAAGGUUGGCACACCCCACGACUACUGCUGGCACUCCCAGGAGAGUUUGAGGCCAAGUCCAAUGUCCACAUUCACACCUACGGAGGGCCCACAAAGACAAACCUCCUGUAUAAUUGGAUCCGGGAAAAGUUGGACGGCAAAGUUGAAAAAAUUACUCACACCAAACAAUUUGCUGAGGAAUGGUACCAAUUUAAAGAUCCAUUAUUGAAUCCCGAAAUUCGGACAGUCUAUUUUACAAAUCAGAAAAACAUACCAAUGUUUUAUUCCGCACUCAGUGUGAAGUUUCCGGGCAGGGUAAAGUUUGGUAUGGUUGACACCGGAUCAUCAGGUGGGAAAGAGGUCAUGAAAUACAUGGUCAUGAGAAAUAGAACAAAAGCUGCUAUACCAUCCUAUAUGAUCAUUACAGCCGAAAAAAAUGUUCUGUAUGGCACCAAGAAUGGCGAAAAUCUUUCGUUCCCAGCCAUGGAAAAUUAUUUCAAGACAUUAUACCCUUGCUUAAAUGACAUAUUCAUUGUUAGUUUCAUUAUGACCAAUGUAUUGUCGAUUUUCGAAUUAUGUCUCGUGCAAGGAACGAUAUAUAAACGCUUGAAAAGGUUUUUGUGGUAUUUCGUUAAGUGUAACGUUAUUCUCAUUAUGUUGUGGCUACCCAUUGUAGGAAUAUUUCAGUUGCCCCAUCUCGAUAAGGUUCCUCUGUGGUUGUUGAAAUGUCUGCGGAUGUUUUCCACCACCAACAUGGCUGCCCAUAUGAGAAAAGAUCUGUCGUUUUACACUUUCCAUUCAACUGUGCUCACAUCUGUGUUUAUUGCCUACACGAUUUUGGUUGGAUUUAUCGAGUAUAAACGGAAGGGUGGAGAAGAUGAAGCUGAACAAGAGGAUGAAAAUUUCUGGAAUUUUGCUGAAAUGAGGACACUGGAACAUCUCAUUCGUCCUGUGGAUCCAUUCAGUGGCCGUUUACAACCCUCAGAGCUUGGCAUGAAUUUUUUCGGGGGCCGUUUAUUCAAUCCAGUUCGGCCAGUUAUCUCCCUUACAUAUAUUCCUGAUCUUCCAAGAUGGCGCUGCAAGCUUCCUUCAUCCAUUGAUGACACAUGUAAAGUGUGCGAUUGCUGCAAACCAAUAGACUGCCCCGAUAAAGAAAUCGAGAAAGCAACCCAGAACGACAGUGUGGCUAAAAAUUGUUCUGAAGGUACACUAGACAAUUACACAGUCGCCCCGAACGUCUCUUCACCACCUAGUCUCGACAGUCUAACAAAUCAACAUCCUCCCCAUCCAGAAAAGACACUAACCUGUUCGUGUAAAUUAAGCGGUCCUGACAAGUCUCUGAUCGAUCCGUACUAUCCUGAAGGCUUCCUCCCAGCGACCCAGUGCGUGAUCUGCCUGGACGACUACAGGUUCGGUGUGAUGCUGUGUGGACUGCCUUGCCUCCACACCUUCCAUGAAGACUGCAUCGUCCGCUGGCUGAACAAGGGGCACCACUACUGCCCCAUGUGUCGCUGGCCGGCCUAUAAACUCAAGGCUGAAAUGCACCUUCUCUCAGAGUGAUCAAAUUGUGUGGCUUUUGUUAUGAUUUCAUUUAAAGGUUCAUAUUCAGGCUGACGAAUUAUUGCAUAUAUAUCAAUGCAUACAUAUGUGUAGUGGCAGUGUUUGGGGUGUUUUUUUUAUAUGUAUUAUACAAAUAUAUGCGUAUGGCAAAUGCAGGUAAGUUUAAGUUGGAUUAGGAUAUCAACUUGCCUCAUAUUCUAUUGGAACUGUGUUGACUAUCACAUUUGCAAUGAUUCAUUUGACAUUAGCAUUAAUGACUGGCAAUAUUUUCUAUAAUGCAACUGAAAUGAUAUGUAGAAAAUAACAAAUUGUUAGUGCUAAAUAUUCCUGUUGCAGAAAUUCCAUUACACAUAUCCCAUGUUUGUCCUGUCUAUAUAGAGGGUGGUUGUGGGAUGCAGACAACAUGGACUAAUACAAGAAACAGCAAUAUUCUUUACAUAAUGAUCAUGAUAAUAAAUGUUUCUUUUGCCAACAUACUUAUUAAUUAUGCAGAGACGUGACCCAAUAAAUUGUCCCUUUUUUUCAAAACCAAGAUCACCUUAUCUCACAUUAUCAUGACUUUUCUGGGUUUUAUUGUAGGCAUAUUUCCAUCAAUUAGUAGUUCAGAAUGUAGAAUAUACAAAACUUAAGAGCAUUCAUUUGAUACCCAUGGUAUGAGACCUGAGAUUGUUGAUCUCAGAGCUACUCAAUGCCUACCUAUGGUAGUCAAGAGUCAAAAUACAUCUUUGUUGGGCCGCUUUAUUUUCCAUUCCAAUUUUUAUAGUCACAUUUUCCUGUUCCAUCAGUCUAUAGAUCACAGCACAUUUUUAUUUGAAGUAUUGGAACAAAAUCCAGAAUUUAAUGUUCACAAAUACUGUUUUUUAUGAUUUUAUGUUUUGGGUUUAUCAUCAUUAACACUGCACCUUGUUAGCAAGUAUCCUGCUUAGUGCUGCUUACUGUCGGUCAGGUCACCACUGGUGCUGCUUGCUCCAGUUGGACAGAUGUUAUUAAUUGUUAUUAAUCCAACCCGGAGUCAAGCGAUAAGUAGUGUGGUAAGACUGAAAAGGAUUUAGAGAUUCACCGAUACACCAAAAUGUAACACUGAAACCUCGCUAGUCUGGACCCUGUUAAUCCAGAAACCACACAUUGUGGAGAUUGCUGCAGGAAAUGCUUACAGUGGGAUAUUCCAGUGAUUCCUUAAUCUAGAAAUUUGUUGAUCAAGGCGAUUUCAGUGUGAAGGCGACAGACCAGGGUAACGUUGUACAAAGUGAUCUUGUCAAAGUUGUUAAAUUAUGGUUAUAAAUUAUAAUUUAUAAUUAAUAAGGAGUCCAGAGACUUUCUUCAUUUUCAGAUACUGCAGUAAUCUAGACUUGCCAAACAUUAUUGACUUGCAUGGGCUGUAUUGGAUAUAUUUGUUUCAGGGUCUGUAUGACAGACUACUCCCAUACCUUAAAUAGACUUACGACAUCCGUAGCGCUAAAGUUGUUUUGUACAAUGGCACCCAGAUUAGCAGGGUUUCACUGUAUUUAGACCCACCUAUAUCAUAAAAUCAUGCACUAAGUUUAUUUAGUACAUUUAUGCUUUGAAUUUGUUGCAAUAUUCUUUCUCAUCCGAUGAUCUACAAGCUAGCACUGACUGGCAGUCUGGAUACAUGAUGUGUCAAGCCCAGUGUUCUUUCCUAUCACGUCAUGGACAUGCAUGGAAAUUCGUUACCAUGGUUACUUAAAUGUGAUCAUGAGGAUAAAGUAAUAUAUGAGCCUUGUUUUCAUUUUGUGAAUUGCUACACAAAAUAGAUUUGUUGUGAAAAAGAA